AUGAAAGCAGCAUUAUUUUGCAUACUCUUGAUUAUUGGAGCAUUUUUCUGUGCUGAAGCAGAAAGAAUUUAUGGUAUUCGAUCGAUAAAUGUCGACUUGAUGUCCAAUAAUGAUGAAGAGAAGAAAGUUGAAGGUCAACCACGUUUCAAUAAUGAUGACGAAUUGGGUUAUAAAUUACAAACUCGUGGUAAAGGUAAACUUGCAUUAAGUGUUAUACGACAAGCACUUUUAAAAGGAUGGAAUAGACUUCCUAACUGGGUUAAAACUUAUUUUGGAAUUGAUAAAAUAAUGGAACUUAUUGAUAAAUAUUAUCAUUAUUCUGAUUAUAUUGAAGAUAUUAUUGAAAAUGCUUUAUAUGAAGCAAGCUGUUUAACACCGGGACUUGGUUGUAGUCCAAAUGCUGCUUCAAAUGCUGCAACAAUUAUUAUGUGGCUUUUACCAAUCUAA